AGCCAAACGAUGAGGCGCCUCGAGACAAGUCUCAUUUUGAAUUGGUUGCCAGGUGUGGAUGGUCGUCAGUUAUGAAGCCCUCUUGGAGUGUGCUUUUUCUCUCUAUCUUGGCAGUGCUGCAUCUCACUUCAAGUGUCAGCUUCGUGGUGGAUUAACACAAAACAAAACAAAAAGCAAGAAUGUGGGCCAGCAUGAUUGUGAUGGCUGCCCGAAAAUCACGGUGGAUGACAGAAUUUACAAGACUCAAAUUGGGGAAUACUUUGAGAUUAAAUGUUAUAUUAGCAGCACGGAGCAAUGUUCGAACGAUGUCACCUGGUAUAAGAUGGAAAAUGACGCAUUUGUGCCGGUGACCGUUGACUCUCAUAUUGAGAUCAAAUGGAAGAAGUUAAGCAAUGUGACCAUGCUGCUGUUGUUAUGUUUCACAAAUAUACAAGAAAGCAACUCAGGUUCCUAUCACUGUGCAAGUGGAUUGGCCGUAGGACACAGCAUCAACGUGUCUGUGUAUGAUAAUGACAUAAUGGCCAACAUCUCAUUUCGCAAUGACACCACAGGUAUGUCGAAGGAAGAGAUCCGAUGGACGUACGUGUACUCUGCUGCAGGCACCAUUGCAUUUGUCGUCAUGGUGAUAUUUGUUUCUAUCAUCUUACUGCAACGGUGUAAAGCAGCAGCAGCAGCAGCAGCAGCAGCAGCAGCAGCAGCAGCAAAGCAGAGGCGAAGCCCAAAGUGUGCCAACCCCCUCCGGCAGCUACGAGAUGAGCGCAGAAGAAGGAAAGCAAGAAAGAAUGAAAGACGACAGAUCCGUCACGUAUGCCACUCUCGACCACCACCAGCUGCUCGCCGUCGCCGCCGGUACUCCCGCGAGAGCGAGGAGGCUUCAAGAAGAAAGUUCACACUAUGCAGAUAUACUACUGGACGAUCGGCUCUGACACAUGAUGGAAAGUCACCACCACCACCUUUCAUCUGCAUUCGAGCGAGGGAGGGGAAAGGGCGAACGGCUCGUUUCACAUCAGCUUCCUCUCACAUCCCAAAUGGCAAUCUUGGUUUCGGACGAAUGACAAGUCACACUCCAUCAUUAUUGGUUGCCACAACAACAACAACAACAACAAAGGCUCGUCUUAUUUGAUUGCUAUGACGAGCGGAAGGUGAAGAAGAAGCAAGUACAUAGUUGGCUGUGAGUGAGGGAGGGAUGGAGGGAGCCUUGCGGUUGAUCACGUUUGCAUCUGCAAAAUUAGCACCUGCACGCAUUCUCACACUUUGACAAGUGGCGCUAUCUUUUGCUCCUCUGAUGCGCAUGAAGAGUUAGCGCUUGGGCCAGUCGGAAGAAACGCUUGUCGAGCGAAAACAAAUUCGAAAUAAAGAAAAUCAAUGAGACACUUCGAACGUUGCGGACGGAGUAGCACCAAACAUGAAAGUACAUUUUCACAACAACAACAUGUUGGGAACGUCAAGAGCCCAUUCAAGCAUACAAAAAGAGUCUAGUGGCUCAUUUCUCAACGUGACUGGAAUGCGGACGUCGGGCGUUUAGCACGCCAUUUUUUCACAGGCACUAGUGAUGUGCAUUCCAGUUCUUUUAAGUGAACUGAAUCUUUAGAAUCAAAGUACUCAAAAGAUUCGUUCAACGAAUCGUCCAAACACACACACACGCACUGAUCUUUUUUUUUAUACAUCAAAUAAUCAAAAAUCAUGGUCAAAGCUGAACUGAAAGUGAAAAGUGCCACACCCACCCUCACCCCCACUUUCUGAUUGGCUGCUUGAUCUGUGACGUCACACGAACACUCUAUUAGGUACACCGCCAUUUUCAAGUGUGCCAAUCAGGAGGUAGGGGUGAGGGCAGGUGUGGCACUUUUCACUUUCAUUUAAUGAUUUUUCCCUAAUGAAGUGGCCUGACACGUGAAAAUGGCGGUGUACCUAAUGGAGUGUCCGUGUGAUUCCCUCGUUAAGCGCACUUGCGUGAAAAGUUUUAGCUCCUGCCGAACGUGAAAAUGAGCAAAAUCUUGUUCUCUCCGAUUCACUGAAAAGAUUCGUUGUUAUGAACGAAACGUUCCCUCACGAGCUAACACUAACAGGCACGCCAAACCACAGCAGAUUGAUUUGACGGCAACCUCACAAAGGUCUACAUGAAGUGGACCACUAAGCCAAGCAUUUCUCAAAGAGAAGUGAGAUUUCAUGGCCCCGCCUCUUUUUCCUCACACUUACAAGUCACUACAAAUGACGGACAUUUUGAAACCACAAUAAUAUGUCAAGCGCAGGAUGUUUUAAAGGGGAAGAAGCCAAAACAAUGCUUUUCUUUGCAACAUGUCAUCAAUUACAGAAGUUGGAAGCAGCGCUCUUGACCACACUGUGCGCAGGGAGUAUCAAUUGGAUUCAUAGUUAUUCAUCACAUUUAUACUUCUUUUAAUUGGAUGGAAGGAUGGAUGGAUGGAUGGAUGGAUGGAUGGAUGGAUGGAUGGAUGGAUGGAUGGAUGGAUGGAUGGAUGGAUGGAUGGAUGGAUGGAUGGAUGCAUGGAUGGAUGGAUGGAUGCAUGGAUGGAUGCAUGGAUGGAUGCCGAUGGGUGUAAAUUGAAUUGCCAUUCUUCAGUUGUGCCCUUAGUAAUGACUGGCUGGCUGUUUAUGGUGGGCAGGAUGUGGUCCCCUCCCUUGCACAUCCUGCUGGCUCAGAAGGAUGCCACAAAACACAUUCAAAGCAUUCAUGUGGUUAAGGUUUUUCGGUUGUCGUUUUUUUCCGCUUUGAGUCGUCAAUAAAAUGGCAGAUAUCGGGAAAACGUU